GUAUUAGACCAGCAGUUGCGGGGAAAACCUCUUCAAAAAAUAAAACCAAAUAAUCUAAAACGGAAUUUGGAAAAUCCUCUAACCAAUAAGUUUCGAUUUGGAGCUCUCCUGUUUGGUUUUCUGUUUUGGUGCUCCAGUUUCGUGACUGAUAAGAUAAAACCCAACUGCAUUUCGAAGGGAAAAUACGAGCCAUAAUAACUCAAAAGGUGAAUAAGUCCGAGCUAAUUGUGACGUCACUAACGCCUUGAAAUCGUCGCAAUUUCGAAUUGCGUUUAAGCAAAAGCCAGAGAGACAAUAACUUGAAAACAGAAUACAAUUUUAGCCCUGAUAAGAGCGUGAAAUGAAAAUGCAUGCGCAAUAGAGGAGAAUCUGGAUUGUGGAAAUUUAAUCAGCUUCAUUCAUCUAUAUUGCAGAAAUGAGGAUCGGAUUGGAAUUAGUUAUCCUACUUUUGGGAUUCCUCUCAUCCUGUGUGGCUGUAAAUUGUCCUUUUCCCUGUCGCUGCUCUUGGGUUGUGGAUAGUCUGUAUGCGGAUUGUUCGAGGAGGAAUCUGCUUACUUACCCAAGUUUCGAUGGCAUUCCCGUGGAGCACUUGGAUUUGUCGGGAAAUAAAUUCGAAGAGUUCCCCACCCAAUAUGCAGAUAUUGACUCGCUGAUCUACUUGGAUUUGUCCAACAACCACAUUUCUUCCAUUGACAGUAAUACCCUCAUUGGUUUUACUUUACUGAGAACUCUGCUGCUGGGAAAUAACUCCAUAGAAUCCUGGCAAGCUCUUAGUCCCAAUGAGGCCUUUAUAAAUGCUCCGAGUUUGAAGAGACUGAAUCUUGAUGGCAACACUUUGGGAUCCUUUAGCAACGGUGAGAGUUUCGAUAUGCUGACCAGUCAAUCCCUCACUGAAUUGGAACUGUCUUCCUGCGGAAUAACAUCUAUCGGAGGAGAUCAGCUAAUAAAUCAGCUGCCGAAUCUGGAACGCCUUAACCUGGCCAACAAUAAACUGUCUCAAAUUGCCGCCUUGCCCUCGAGAACUUUGAGAGCCCUCGAUCUGAGCAACUGCAACAUUCAAUCAUUUUCCGGUUAUUUCCUCGAAGCCAUGGAAAAUCUAGAGGUUCUCAAUCUAUCCAGAAAUACACAGCUCCAGUUUGACAGCCUGUCUGAUGAUCCUAUUCUCACCUACAUGUUGCGGAUAUUGGAUGUGUCUUACUGCAACUUGGACUCCAUAGAACUCAACGGUUUGCCGCAAUUAACCGAGGUUCGAUUGCGGGGAAAUCUUCUGAGAACAGUGGAUGCCAAUACUUUUGCCAAUAAUACCAUGCUGGAAAUCCUAGAUCUCUCACAGAACGUGUUGCGACUCAUCGGCAAAGAUGCCUUUACCAACUUGAAAAGGCUUAAGAAGCUCAACUUGGCUUUCAAUGAAAUAGCCAGGUUGGAUCGAAACUUCAUUCAGAGCAACGAUGUUCUAGUGGAGCUAAACCUCAGUCGAAAUGUGCUACAGAAAUUGACGAGGAUUGUUUCCAAUUCGGUGAGAAUCAUAAACAUGAGUUGGUGUGAAAUCACCGCGAUAGAGAGCACUGCCUUGUCGAGUCUAUCUGUCAUCCAGAACUUGGACUUAUCCAACAAUCUUAUCAGCGACAUUCCCACUUUUAUGAGAUCGGCAACGUUGCAGCACCUGAAUUUGGCCAACUGCAGGCUAACUACAGUACGAAACAACACCUUCAGAGAGUUCCCCGAGUUGGCGGAUCUCCACUUGAAUGGCAACCGACUGACGAGUCCCAUUCCUCCCCAAUAUUUUUCGAGUAACAAGUUCCUGGAUCAACUGUGGUUGGGCGACAAUCCCUGGAUUUGCGACUGCCACAGUCCGCUCUUCGUGGAGUUCUACGACUUUCUAACAUCUAAACCAGCUAAGAUAAAAGACAAGAGCCACUUACGUUGCGCAGCACCUGCCAUUUUCUAUGGGAAACUUUGGGAGUUUGCCUGCUCGGAUGUGUGGAUUGUGACUGCCAGGAGCAGUAGCAAUGGCGAAAAGGCCUGGUCGAUUAUAAUGAUCACACUCCUGGUUUUGGGUGCUCUGGUAAUGGCCUACGCCUGCUUGCAAAAGUUCCUCAAGAAGCGAAAAAUCAGGGAAAGCGAUAGGGAGUUCGAGGAGAAUGAUGAUGAGCUAAGGCGCAUUCGUGAUCUCAACAACCGCAUUCUGCAGGAGGAGGGUACCCCGAGUAUUCAGCACACCCAGGAGAUUAGUUUGCUGCCCUCCUAUGAAGAUGCAUUGAGAAUGCCCAAAUUAGAGAGACCUGUGAAAUCAAUGCUGGAUCUUUCAGGCCCACAAAGAACUAGAAAUUCCCGGAAGCUAAGGAGAUCGCAGACCCACGAUCCAGAAGGAUCUCAAUCAGAGGAGGACGAGGGACUUCAGUUGGACUCCCGCCAGAGAUUCCGCAGUGUGGAGAUGCUUUCCAAUCGAGAUAAAGAGAGAACCGCUCAAUAUGGACCCUACAGACGAACUGGUUACAUGGAGUACAACCAAUCGGGAAGUCGGAUUUUCAGCACCGAGGAUGCCCGUUUCCCAGCAGCUCAUUUGAAAACUCAAAACCUGCAGAGUGCUGAGCAGAUUGGUAAUUUCCAGAGCUACGAAAAUAGUCCUUAUACGAAACGAAAGCCAAAGAUAGCAGAGAUUCCUCCUUUCAAGAGGGUAAAUAUGAUGGCAGAUAGCGUGGAGUUCCUCACCGAUCCGGAGUUCGAGGAUGUGGCCAGUAAGCCCGGCAGUCCCUUUGCAAAGAGGAAGCCAAAGCCACCAUUGCCACCACCUUCUAGUAUGAAAGUCAGUGCCCAGGUGUACACAAUGCAGCAGAGUCCUGUUCUUGAACUGGAUCCCGCCAUCGAGGAUUACUUCAGUGCGGCUAAGAAGCAGCCUUCCUCCUCCACGAUUGCCAGCGAUUUCCAGGAGCUGGAGGAACCAGAACUGCGAUCCCUUCCAGACGACAAUCGAUCGAGUAUCUCCCGAUCGGAUGUGGAACAGGAUCUGGAGCGGGGAAAGCGGAAGAAGCGGAAGAACUCCGCCAGUCGACGGGUGAGUGGCAGCUUCUCAGCCGCCAAUGCCGCCGACAGCUCCUCCAGCGACUCCGAGCACCACGCCCUGGUCCACAAGCCCAUGCGAGAGACCUUGUUUUAGGUCUAGACAGCGUAGGCCGUACUGUUAGUUACACCCGACUUGUUAGCAUAUCCAUAAGACUAUUUAAACGCACCAACAAAUAAACUAACAUUUUUGAGUAAA